AUAGUAGUUAUCUCAGAGUUUAAGCAUUGCAACUGGAUUGAAUUAUAAAACUUUUUCAUACUGAUGGCAAAUCUCGUAUUCAUUUCUCUAUUUAUGUUUCCUUUGCUUAUAUUAAGCUAUUUUCUUCUGAAAUUUUGCUACUCCAUCCUGUUAAAACCAAAGUUGCUGGAGAAGCGCUUGAAACAGCAAGGAUUCAAAGGCACUCAUUACAAGUUGUUACUUGGAGACCUCAAAGAUGUUGGCAAGCAAAUGGAUGAAGCUUGGUCCAAGCCAAUUGGCUUAACCCACGAUAUUGCGCCACGUGUUGAUCCAUUCACGCAUUAUAUGGUCGAAAAAUAUGGGAAGAUAUCUCUUAGUUGGCUUGGGACAUCACCAAGAUUGAUCAUCAUGGAUCCAACAUUGAUAAAAGAAGUGCUCUUAAACAAGCAAGGUCACUUCCAUUUACCACCAUUGAACCCUCUUAUUCUGAUUCUAACUAAAGGAUUGACAACUCUACAUGGUGAAAAAUGGGCUAUGCACAGAAAGAUAAUCAACCCUGCUUUCCACUUGGAAAAAUUGAAGGGCAUGAUCCCAACAAUUGCAGAAAGCUGUGCAUGUAUGAUAGAGAAGUGGAUGAACUCAAUUAGCCAUGAGGGAACUUCAGAAAUAGAUAUUUGGCCUGCAUUUCAAGAUCUUACUGGUGAUAUCAUUUCAAGAACAGCAUUUGGAAGUAGCUAUGAAGAUGGAAAGAAGAUCCUAGAACUUCAAAAAGAACUGCAACAACUUGUCAUAGAAGCCAUGGGAAUGUUAUAUAUUCCCGGUUUUAGAUUUGUUCCAACAAAGAAGAAUCGCAGAAGAAAGGAACUGGACAGAAGGAUCACUUCAAUGCUUAAAAGAAUCGUCGACACAAAGGAUAACAUGAUCAGCACUGGACAAACCAGGGGAGAUGACUUACUUGGUUUGCUCUUGCAAACUAACAGAGAGAACAAUUCACUAAAUAAUAGCCAUAUGACAAUGGAGGACAUAAUAGAAGAAUGCAAACAAUUUUACCUUGCUGGUCAUGAAACAACAGCAAGCUUAUUGACAUGGACUCUUAUUGUCUUGGCUAUACACCAGGAUUGGCAAGAAAAGGCAAGGCAAGAAGUUUUACAUGUAUGUAGGGAGAAGAAUCCUGAUGCUGAAGCAAUAAGCCACCUCAGAAUUGUAACAAUGAUACUCAAUGAAGUUCUCAGGCUAUAUCCGCCAGUGAUUGCUCUAUAUAAACGUGCUUACAAGGACUGUAGAAUAGGAGAUCUCUCAAUUCCAGAAGGGAUGGAUCUGACACUACCUAUAAUGCUAAUUAACCGCGAUACUGAGCUAUGGGGAGACGAUGCAGAAGAAUUUAAACCAGAGAGGUUCGCGGAAGGAAUUUCAAAUGCUUGCAAAGAUCAAACACAGAUGGCAUUCAUGCCAUUUGGAUGGGGACCAAGGACUUGUAUUGGCCAAAAUUUUGCAAUGAUAGAAGCAAAGGUUGCACUCUCUAUGAUACUAAAGCAAUUCUCCUUCAAGCUCUCACCAACUUAUGCCCAUGCUCCUUAUACUGUUAUGACUCUUCAACCCCAACAUGGAGCUCAGAUCAUGUUUCACCGGCUUAAUUAGGAUACAUCCAGUUAUUAUGUGUUGAAGUUUCCCACAAAAUAAGAAAAAAAUCAUGUCUGAUAUUUUCCUUUUCGUGUAGAUGAGCUUAUGAAUUGAGUGUGUCAAAAUAAAGGUGGUCCUCGAUAUAAAAUAGAAAGAGUGGUUAAGCAAUGAUAGCAUACAAAGAGUAAUUUCAGUUUUAUGUUGAUUUACUGUAGAUGAAUAUGGAGAAGCUAGAUCUCUAGCCAAAUAGUGAUGAUAGCAAAACUGAUGUUACGAAUUACAAUAUUGUGGAACUAAGCAUAAGAAACAGUACCUGAAGCACUGCAGAAAAUAAUCAUAGACAGAGCCUGAGAAUUUCCAUAAAUCAAUGUCAACUGUUUAUUUAGGAAAAAAGAAUAAUAUUGAUGAACAUGUCCUGCGAUUUCCAUAUGUCUCUAAAAUUCCUACUACAAGUUCUCCAAAAAAUAAAAAACUACCAUUACAUGUGUUUCCUAAAAUAAAAGAUUACAGUUAUAUGCUGCUAUACGUAUCAGAAAAACUUAAUAACUAAUAAUGAGCUAUUAUUAAUCAGCGAAGGAGUACACAUCUGUUUUUUUUAAUCUAAUGACCCCAAUGUUGAACUUCUCUUCAGUGUUAAUUGCCACAACAACCUGGGCAAACACACAGUUCAUACAGCAGAAACCUGCAUACUAAUUCUUAAUGCCAGAGGCCAACAACACUACUUUUCCCCAAUAGAUUCUCUGUUAAUAAGAUGCUUGAACAAGUAAAACCUUUAUCAAUAGAAAACAAUGCUAAAUUGGCAUCUUAAGGAACUUGUCAAAAAUAAAACUAAAAUCGUUUAUGCUGGGCAAGCUCGUUCCAGUAUUUGGUUUGGAGAUGUUGGUAUCUUUUUGGCUAACUUAUGAGCUAAAGUCUGCUUGUUUUGUUGCCCUGUUUGGUGUAAAAUCUGUCCUUGACUACUGGUUCUAAAAUCCUCAAUUUCAUGACAUUUAAACUUCCUUUUUCUUCUUGUUGGAGACUAGUUAAAUUUGAGUAAUGCCUCCCUUUCUUUGAUUUAACAAGAAAGGUAGUAAAACCUCACUAUUCGUAGCUCAUAGGAUACAUAUUUUAUUCAACUAAUUCACACAAAAAAAAUCUGCUGAUAGUUUAUAGUUUCUAGCUCAAUAGUUGAAAAGAAGUACUGAAGUAAUACUAUUUAGACCGCAAAAUCAAUAAUUCAAACUUCACA